AGAACAAAGAAUUCAUUUUUAACUACUUAAUAAAUAAUAUGAUUUUUUUUUCUUUUUUAAUAAUUAAUAUUUUUUUUUUCUAUUUCCCUCUGAUUAACGAUAAUCCCUGUUGAGUCAGUUUUGCUUAUGUCAUGUGUUUUACGUGGCUAGUUUAUUAAGUAGUGUUAUUGCAAAUAAAGCUACUUAUUGCUAAGUAGGUAAGUGCGGUGCGGUGACCGCAGUUCGGUCAAAUACUUUCAAUUAAGUGCGCAUUUUAAGAAUUUAAUAAGCCACAACACAAUAGUCAGAUAACAACCGUUUAUUUACGACAUUAGUCUAACAACUUUUUGGAAUUGUUUGUUAUAUGUCUUUUAAUAAGCAAAAAACUGUCUUCCUGUUAAAACACAUGGCAACUGGGGAAAGAACAAAACUUCGUUCUUAUUUAUAAGUAUUAAGGAUGAUGAAAAUAAUAAAUAAUAAUGAAACGAGUACGACGUUGUUUUGUGCAAAGAAAUGCGGUGAAAUAAAAGAUAACGAUUAAUUACUGCAUAUCAAAUCGUGGCUUGUAACAAGUGAUAAAAAUUGAGAUUUACUAACGAAUUCUCAACUAAUACAUCGUGCUAGUGACUCAUAUUAACGUUGUGUAUAAUAAGAGAGCUCAUUUUAUGUUAAAUAAAAUGAACUCUUUAAAUUUAUUAUCAUCUGCAGCUGUGAUUACAUUUGUGAUAUUUACAAGUAUUAUCGAAACUUCUGAAGCAAUAAAAUGUUACAAGUGCACAAUUCUGCCUCCCCCAAUUUAUAGCAACGAAACUUCUCGCUUGUGCGCUUUUUUUGAUUAUACCGAUAAAUAUAUAGUUGAUUGUCCAUAUUCGACUUUUUGUAUAAAAAGAAUAUUUACAGUUUAUCUAUCUGAUGCGAUAAACGGUACCCUUAGAGGUUGUGCCCCUCAAAGAAACGAUUAUCAGGUAUACAAAAAUAAUAAAUGGCAAAUGCAAGUUAAUGUUGAAGAACCAUAUGAAGAAGGAUGUACAAAUGUUGAUGAUAAAGGUCAAAGGAUAUCAAAACCUACUCACUGUUAUUGCAGAGGUGACCUAUGUAAUGGCAAUGCAUCAUUUACAAAUAUUAACUUUGCAUUAAAUUCUAUAUUAACUGUGAUUAUUUGUUUGUUGUCUUUGUAAAUUAAUAUGAUAUGUAUGUUUAAAGUCUACUUAGUAAUAUUGUAUUUUAAUGUUAUAAUGACAAAUUAAUUAUGCAUGACAAUUAAAUAUAAUGAUAGAUCUGAAGAAAAAUGUUA